AGAAGAAGAAGGAAAAACAACUCUUUACCAGUCAUCCAGAAUUCCAUUCAUCCCCGAUUGUUCGUGCAGAGAGGUAACUCCCAGAAAACAUAAAACAAUUAGGGAGAAAGAUCACCUGAAGAAGACAAGGAAACUACAGUGUGUGUCUGUGUGAGAGAGGAAUAUAGGGUUAGAAGGGAAGUAAAAGGAAGAAGGGGAAGAAGAAAAUGGGGGCAGACUAUUACAAAAUCCUUCAGGUGGACAAAAAUGCGAAAGAAGAUGACCUCAAGAAAGCCUACCGCAAGCUCGCCAUGAAAUGGCACCCCGACAAAAACCCUACCAAUAAGAAAGAAGCCGAAGCCAAAUUCAAACAAAUCUCCGAAGCCUACGACGUUUUAAGCGAUCCGCAGAAGAGGCAAGUGUAUGAUCAGUACGGGGAAGAAGGAUUAAAGGGGCAGGUCCCACCGUCGGGUGCCGGUGGUUAUACUUCCACGUCAGACGGUGGUGGUCACACAUCUUUCCGGUUCAAUCCGCGCAGCGCCGACGACAUUUUCUCCGAGUUCUUUGGGUUCGCGAGUCCCUAUGGCGAUAUGGGAGGCGGGGCACGUUCAAGCGGAGCUAGUUUUUCGAGGGGUGGAUUGUUUGGGGAUGAUAUCUUCGCUUCCUUCCGGCACGCCGCCGCCGCCGCGGGGGAAGGCGCCUCCAGCAGUGUUCCCCGUAAGGCACCCGCCAUUGAGCGGACAUUGCCUUGUAGUUUGGAGGAUUUGUAUAAGGGCACCUCAAAGAAGAUGAAAAUAUCCAGAGAUGUUAGUGAUGCCACUGGGAGACCAUCCACGACACAAGAGUUUCUUACAAUUGAGAUAAAGCCAGGUUGGAAGAAGGGAACAAAAAUUACUUUUCCGGAGAAAGGAAAUGAACAGCGGGGUUAUAUACCCUCUGACCUCAUUUUCAUUAUCGAUGAAAAACCUCAUAGUGUGUUUAAGAGGGACGGCAAUGACCUUAUCGUGACUCAAAAGAUUUCACUGGUUGAAGCCUUGACUGGAUAUACUGCUGAAGUAACAACUCUUGAUGGUCGAACUCUGAAUAUACCAGUUAAUUCCAUCAUUAGCCCCACUUAUGAAGAAGUUGUUAAAGGAGAAGGCAUGCCUAUCCCAAAAGAACCAAGCAAAAAGGGAAACUUACGGAUUAAGUUCAACAUCAAGUUUCCUACAAGGCUUACUUCCGAGCAGAAAAGUGGGAUUAAGCGGUUAUUAACAUCUCCAUGAACAAAGGGAAUUGAGGCCCUAUCAGUAUCUUGUAAAGGCAAAUUCCUUUCAAAAAGACAAAUGUCAAAACCAUUGGGCUUUCGAUUUGGUAGUGAAAUCUUUGUUGUUGCAGACUAGGGUGUUCAUCAUGACAGGUAUUUGGGAGUUGCCUCUGCCUUUUUAUGUCUAAUUAACUUGAUCGUAGGAUCUGUAUACUGCGGUUGCUACUCUUUUUUCCAUUGGAUUUCCCCAAAGGGGUUACUUCGGUUGAGAUUCUUUUCUGCAACAAAUUGUAACUUUUCUUGGAGCGAACCUCAUUUUUGGUCCUGGAAGUUUUACUUUGAAAUCACUCUCAUAGAACAGUGGGAUAAACUCGAUCCUCAAAAUUUAUCCUUUACUUUUGACCAAAAGUAAGGGCAUACAUGAAGAAAAUUGUAGAAAAUUAGUGCACCGGAUGUUGUGAAUAUUUGCGGAAGAGGAACACUGAGGAAGAUUGCAAGUCGGGUCUCAGUUAAACUGCGAUCCACCGCCCAAAACAAAAGAGACUGAACCCAAAUCAGCAGGAAAAAAAUUUCUGCUUGUAAUUCAUUUCUUAGGUAAUUGAAAAUUUUAAGGUGUAAGCUUCUGAAAAUCUACGCGCCCUCUCUUUAUCUUUACUUCUCUAAGAUAGAUUAUUCGUUAACAUUUGGCACAUUCAUAUUCACGUUCAAUCUCAGGUUUGUUGUCGAUUAGACAGAAAAUCAGAGUCUUUUUCUCAACACCGAUACACUUUGGAAAGAGGAUGGAUUGAUACAGUUUUCUGGAACCUGUGGAAGACAAAAAUGGCACCACACUGCUUACUUUAUCAGGCACCGGACCAAAAAAAAUUGGUACUACUACUCGUAAUUAAUAUUUAUGGUGGUUCCAUCUUUCGUUAUAAGAACAUACAGCCUUCAGUGUACCUACAAGGAGGUGGAAGAUGAUGGGAGUCCAGUUGGUCCUUUAGGUGCCAAGAGUACAUGUAAUUCUUCAAAUACAGCUAGCUAGUAUGAUUACUCAAUUGUUCCCCUCAUUUGACAUCUACCUAUCGGAAUGUGAAGUAUGCUUCAGAGCUUUAUCAAAUACUCAAAAACUACUUUGUUUGGUUGAAAAUGGGAAAGGUUCGGUUGCAAAAGCAUACUUCCCUAAACAAGUCAUGCUUCUUGACACAUAGUACAAGCAAGAUCCACUCAGUGAUCUUUUCCCUGUAUCAAGUAGUGUAUCCCUGAGACAGGAUUUUUUUUUGGGGGUGGGAAGGGUUAGUUUCUUGUUUGUAGUAUCUGGAAUGUUUUGGGGUGAUAUCUCACAG